AGCAGAUCUAAAGUGAAAUGUGCAUCUUUCCUGCAGAUCGUCUUUGAGCCUCACAACAUCGACAAUGCCUCCCCGGCCACAGUGUCCAGAAACGGGAUGGUGUUCAUGAGCUCCUCGGUGCUGGGCUGGAGCCCCGUCAUGCGAGCCUGGCUGCAGACCCUCCCCCAGCAGCAGGCGGACCCCCUGAGGCUCUGCUUCACCUCCUGCUACCAGGACUUGUUGGACUUUGUCUCCACGGCUGUGUCUCCCAAGAUGCAGGUGUUGGAGAGCAUGUACAUCAGGCAGACGAUCGACCUGCUGCAGGGUUUGCUCCCUGCAGUCGAUGAGAAACAGGGUUGCCAUGGUGACCUUGGUCGACUGUUUGUGUUUGCAGUCAUGUGGUCUCUGGGAGCGGUGCUGGAGCUGGAGGACAGAGCCAAAAUGGAGGCCUUCCUAAAGCACCACAGCUCGUCUCUGGACCUGCCGCUCACUCAGGACGAGCAGACCAUCUUUGAGUUCACCGUCAGCGAGCGGGGAGAGUGGGAGCACUGGUCCAACAAGGUCCCAGAGUAUGUCUACCCCAAAGAUCACGUCCCAGACUACUCGUCCAUCCUGGUCCCAAAUGUGGACAACGUGAGGACGGACUUCCUGCUGCAGACCAUCGUGAAGCAGAGGAAGGCUGUGCUGCUGAUCGGAGAGCAGGGCACCGCCAAGACCGUCAUGAUUAAAGGCUACACCAGUAAACUGGACCCGGAGCAGCACCUCAGUAAGACCCUGAACUUUUCUUCAGCCACGCUGCCCGCCAUGUUCCAGAGGACCAUCGAGAGCUACAUCGACAAACGCAUGGGCGCCAUCUACGGGCCGCUGGGGGGACGCAGGAUGACCGUCUCCAUCGACGACAUCAACAUGCCCGUCAUUAACGAAUGGGGAGACCAGGUCGGCUCCUGGCUCUCUUUUAUUUCAUUAUUAUCCUUUUUAGUUAAUUUAACAGUGUAGAUAAAUAACCAUUCA